CCUAGUGCAGCUACCAUGGAGAACGUGGCAAUAUUUGACUCACCUGGAAAGGGCAGGGGUUUGAAGGCUACCAAAGAGUUUUGGGCUGGAGACGUCAUUUUUUCUGAGCCCAGUCUCGCAGCUGUUGUGUUUGACAGUCUAGCAGAGCGUAUCUGUCACAGCUGUUUCCGCAGACAAGACAAGCUACAGAGAUGCGGCCAGUGCAAAUUUGCCCAUUACUGUGACCGAACUUGCCAGCGUGCCGGCUGGGCCGAACACAAGCAAGAAUGUGGUGCCAUCAAAACGUAUGGCAAAGCACCGAAUGAGAACAUCCGCUUGGUGGCCCGCAUCUUGUGGCGCCUUGACAAGGAGGGGAGCGUGGUGUCUGACAUGCAGAUGGUCACGCUGGAGGAGCUGGAGGAUCACAUUGAUGACAUGCAAGAGGAUGAUUUGAAGGACUUCAAAGUUGACAUCCACAACUUCCUUGACUACUGGCCUCGUAACAGCAAGCAGCACACGAUUGACGUCAUCUCACAUAUUUUUGGAGUGGUUAACUGUAACGGUUUCACUGUGAGUGACCAGAGGGGCCUUCAGGCAGUGGGAGUUGGUCUUUUCCCAAACUUGUGUCUAGUGAAUCAUGACUGCUGGCCAAACUGCACUGUGAUCCUCAACCACGGCAAUCAGUCGGCUGUGAAUACUGUGUUUCAUUCUCAACGGAGAAUUGAGCUGCGUUCUCUAGGUAAGAUCGCAGAGGGAGAGGAGCUGACAGUUGCAUAUGUGGACUUCUUGAAUUUGUCAGAGGAGAGACAACGGCUGCUGAAAACACAGUACUUCUUUGACUGCACAUGUGAGCACUGCAAGAACCACAUCAAAGAUGACUUGAAGUUGGGGGGAAAGGAAGUGGACGGAGUCAAGCCUUCAGAGGAACAGGUGAAAGAAGCUACAGAUUAUUGCUUUCAAAUGCUGGAGAAGAUGGACAAGGCUCGACUGAAAGGGGACUACCAUGAGGUGGUAAAAAUCUGCAGGGAGUGCAUAGAGAAAACAGAGCCAGUGUUGGCUGACACUCACAUCUACCAGCUGCGGAUGUGGAGCACAUUAAGUGAGGUGCAAGCUUACCUGCAGUACUAUAAUGACGCUGCAGAAUACGCCCGCAAAAUGGUGGAGGGAUACAUAAAACUGUACCACUCAAACAAUGCUGCUCUUGGCAUGGCUGCUAUGCGAGCUGGAGUGACUCACUGGCAAGCUGGGGAGAUAGAGAUUGCCCACGGGAUGAUCUGCAAGGCCUAUGCCAUUCUCAUGAUCACCCACGGUCCAACACAUCCCAUCACCAAGGACCUGGAGGCAAUGCGUGUGCAGACAGAGAUGGAGCUGAGGAUGUUCAAGCAGAAUGAGUUUGUUUACCACAGUAUGAGAGAGGCAGCUCUGAAGAACAGACCAAUGACCAUGAUGCACGGACCCAGUUCUGUGGAGGAAGGAAUCAAGAAUCUCUUCCAUCGGAAGAAGUAGUCACAGGACUGCCAAUGAGUAAUGAGUGUUUACUGUGAAUUUUUUUUAACACAUUUAUAUAGUUUUCUGCAUCUCAGUUACUCCCCCCGCUACACCAAACCUGCACAAGUUACAAUGUAACAGUCGUUGAGUAUUCAGUGUGCACGCACUUAUUCUCAGGUGGACACUUGUCCAACAACUUCAGCCUUUAAAAAUGCAAUUUAAGUCAUUUGUUUAAGAUUUAUGGUUAUACCAGGGCAUACAUACUGAUGUGCAUCAGUAUGCAAUACCCUGAUAAGAGUCAUGUGAACAAGAAGUUCACUUUUGUGAACAUGUUAAGACACCUUUAAGCACCUCUUCCUCAUGUGACACGUCUAGCGCCCUGCAAUCAAGCCACCUGACCUUUAGCCAGUCAAGUCCAGACACACUUUAACCCACAGAAAGCAAAGACUAACCUCACUGAUUUGGAACAAGCAUUUUCUAGGGCCCAUGGUGUUCCAGUAGAUUAUGUACUAGUAAAAUCUGCAGUUUAAUUGCAAACUCUACCAACUGCCAGUGAAGUUUUUGGUUACAUGCCAGCAUCUAGUUUAAGUUUAGAGCAAAAAAAGAGAAACUCGACAAGACAGUGUUCCAUUUUCUUUUAUUAUCCCAAGUGCAGAAAUUUAGAUGCGUUUGCUUGUCCUCUUGUACACAAUGCCACCAAGAGUCAUAGUCUGGUGAGAGAAAAAAAAAAAAAGUCACACACAAACUUGGUCAACAUAUAGUCAGUUAUGUAGCGUUUGUCCUACUCACAUUGACAAUUGUGUUCCCAUCCACCAGUUCUGUGACAGACUCUAUUCCCUUCAGGGAGACCUUCAGCUUGUUGCCUUCACGAUGAACCACCGACUUAAAGAAGCAUAAGAAAUGUAACUCUGCAGCAGUCUUGCAAUUUUGACUGACUGUGCAAAACAUACAUUAGCACACCAUUGUGAUUACAUUCAAGUUUUUAGCUCAUUUCUGUUUUGCAUUCCUAAGUUUAGUGUACUGGCUUACCUUGACCUUCUCUCCAGUAAUAGUCUCCAGCUCUGCCUCCUUUCCAAUGGUGAAGUUGUUUACAAGGACCUUUGAGCCAGUAGUGACCGUCACUUUGAAGGAGUCACCAGCCUCCUCAAUUUCAGAGAUGCUUUUAACAUCUUUGCCUUUCUGGAUAAGCUCAUCAGGAAGACCUGAGACAGAAAGCAUUUUGACACCAUUGUAUUUCCUUGAAUAGUUUUAGAGUUGUAACUUACCACUAUGGGUUUAAUAUUGCUAGGCAAGUCGGCUAUCCAUGUUUGAUUGCAAAACAUGUUCCAUCACCUGGUUAAACAGGCACUCUCCAAGCUAGUGGUCAAAGAUACUUUAUGAAAGAAAGCUGAAAUCUUACCAAUAGCCUUCAUGAAAGGCUCAAAGUUCUCCUGAGACUCCAACUGGUACUUUCCAGAGAAAGACAUGGUGACAGACAGCAAAGGUGAAGGAAGAAGCUGUGAGCUGCCUGUUUUAUACUCCAGCUGCAAUCAUUAACCAAAGGUGUCUCCAAUUAAGGCAGCUCCAGCCCACUUGCCAUCCAGCAGAGCUCAGAAACGAUCCACCUACACAGAUAAGGUCAAAGAGAUAAAAGAGGGACAAGGUGACUAGACUAAAGUUGGGUAACCCUUAAUGUAGAGGGUGAAAUAGUAAAAGUGUGACAGUAUUUUGAAGCCAAGUGUCUUGUUGUUAAUGCAUAGUAAAUGUAUGUAAUGAUCUUGAAAGUCUUUCUCAUUCAAAGUCUCACUAACAUAUGAUGACAUUGCAUGAAUGUAAACCCCAAAAACUGCUGACUGGGAAUAAUGAAGAUGUCAGCUCUCAGUUUGCUGCUUUAGCUCUACCUUCCUUUACAUUUUCUGUCCCUUCCCUUCUGUAUUCUUGUUCUAACUUUUCUAAAAAAAAAUUUCUAUUUCCCAUUUCUUUUUCACUGCCUCUAAUAAUGAAUAAGAUGGAGUUUUACAGAAG